UUUUUUACACCUAUUAUUCUUACUAUAACACUCUUUAUGAUUAUCUUCAUCUUCAUCUUUACGAUUUCAAAUUACUUUUAACUACUCAUUGGAAAAUCAAUCUAUUCUAAAACAAACAUCUCCGCUAAUGAAAUAAUCAAACUAAAAAUCUUCAACGGGUAUCCGAAGAAAUCUUCGCGACAUUAGCACCAGUAUCCUCGCAGCCUCUCUUCAACAUUAAAUUCCACCUUUAAAAAAAUGUACAAUUUCCUGCAUUUAUUGUUACUUUCAACGCCGGUUUUCGCGCAAUUCGACCUCGAACUCGACAAAAUCAUCGACGAAUUCCAAUCGCAAGUCACCACCGAUCCGCCCAACAGCUCGCAGGAAUUCACCGAACAUUCACCCGCCACCGAACCCAAUCAGGAAUCCAUAGAAAAAAUAUUCGUGAACCCCAAUCAAAACUUCAACAGUUCCAGUUGCGACCACGAAUGCGUCCCGUUCUACCAAUGCAACAACGGCACCGUUAACACCAACGGCGAGAGCAUAAUCGACAUCAGAAUAAACGAUGGUCCUUGCGGCACGUCCCUCCUCACCUGUUGCCAAGUGGAAGACAUCCUCACCGGCCGCCCGUCGACGCCGCCGCCGCCUCGCGAAACCGCCCCCGUGGGAUGCGGUUACCGCAACCCGGACGGCAUAGGUUUCAGCAUAACCGGGGCCGAUAACAACGAGGCCCAAUUCGCGGAGUUCCCCUGGAUGGUGACCGUUUGCAAUGCAGACGAGGCCAACUCGAGGCCUUCAUGCGGAGGCGCCCUCAUCCAUCCCCAAGCGGUGAUAACGGCGGCUCAUUGCGUUGCAGAUAAAAACACCAGGUGGGAAAUACGAGCGGGGGAAUGGGAUAUAAUAAAAACCGUGGAGCCUGUACCUCACCAGGAGGUGAGAGUGCGAUCGAUAACGGUCCAUCCGGAGUUCUACGCGGGGGCUUUGUAUAACGACAUAGCGUUCCUGUACCUGGACAAACCGGUCGUGAUAAACGAUAAUGUUAAUACAAUCUGCCUGCCGGCUCAGGAUUUCCAGCACCGGGUUAACAGGUGUUUCACAACAGGUUGGGGUAAGAAGCAUUUCGGCGAGAAAGGCCAGUAUCCUGUUAUACUGAAAAAAGUGGACCUUCCCGUUGUUCCUCGAGAUGUUUGCCAGGAGAAUUUGCGUAGAACCCGAUUGGGUAGGUACUUCCAGCUGCAUUCGAGUUUCAUGUGUGCAGGAGGAGAGCCCGAAAAAGAUGCUUGCAACGGAGACGGCGGAGGUCCUUUGGUGUGUCCUUUGGAGAAAGAGCCUUGGAGGUACUAUCACGCGGGGAUCGUCUCCUGGGGUAUCGGCUGUGGGAACAAAGACGUACCGGGUGUUUAUGCAGAUGUUGCUAAAUUCAGGAACUGGAUUGAUGAGCAAAUGGCUUUAAAUAAUUUGGAUAGUGUCAGUUAUGAUAAUAACGUUGGCUUGAAACCGAGAUUUUAAUUUGUUAAUAUGCAAUGUAUUCG